AUGACCAUCAUGGAGGUCUCCCUGCUCACCGGCUUCUACCCCAACCAGGAUGACCUCAAACAGCUCACGAGCGACGUGGAGAUGUACGCCUUCCAGUACGAGACCAAGACCAGCUCGAGCGACAGCGCCGUCGUCCUCUACCUGGAGAAGCUCUCCCACAAGGAAAACACGGUGCUGGGCUUCCGGGUCCACAGGAUGCUGACGGCGGAGUUCCUGCAGGCCGCCCACGUCACGGUCUACGACUAUUACGAGCCUUGGCCAGGCGGGGCGGAGCCUGCGGGGGCUGAGCCCGGGGGGCACCCAGCCCCCAGGAACGCUGGCCCAAGCCAACCCCAGGCGCUCGCCCCCCUCGCAGCCCGGAGGUGCAGCUCCUUCUACAACCUGCCCGCAGAGCGGUCCUCCCUGCGGAAGAUCUGCCACAAAGACGUCUGCAGAUGCGCCGAGGAACAGUGCCCGUCCCGGAGGCGUCACAGCAGCCCGAUGAGGCAGGAGGAGUUCCAAGUGGCGGCCUGCGAGGCAGGCGUGGACUUUGUGUACAAGGCCAGGCUGGAGACUGUGGAGGCCUCCCCUUCCAACCCCUAUGUCUACUACAACAUGCGGCUCCAAGUGAUCAUCAAGAGUGGCACGGACUCUACCAGGCCCCUCGCCGUGAAGAAAUUCGUCUCCCAUGCCACCUGCCACGACUCCCUGGGGCUGCGAGAACAGGAGACAUACCUCAUCAUGGGCCAGACGUCAGACCUGUGGAGAGUCAAAUCUGAUUACACCUAUGUCCUGGGCAAGGAGACGUUCCUCAUGCGUUGGCCAGCCAGUGGGGAUGUGGGCAAGAAGGAAUUGCUGCGCCAGCUGGAGGGAUUUUCAGAAUAUAUGCGCACCCAUGGCUGCGAGUUCUGAGACCUCGAGGCCUCUGCUGCUCUCAGGGGGUGGUCUCCAGGCAGGCCCGGGCCACAGGGCUUAACCCCAAAGAAAGAGCAUGGAAUAUCAUACCCAAACUCGAGACAUUUGUUCCUGCUCCAACAUGCAGAGGGGACCCUGCACAACCUCCCCUGAUGUGGCUUGGACCUGCCUCCUCUCUCUCUCUCCUACUCCAUUCCAGUCACACUGUCCACCCAACAUCCAAGUUGAUUCCUACCUCAGGGCCUUUGCACUCACUUUCCCGUCUACCAGGUCCACCCUUCCUCCAGAUAUCUGCGUGGCUUGAACCCUUCCCUUAUUUGGACUCUGUUUAAUGUUAGCUCCUCAAAUAUACUUGCUUUAAUAACAUCUAAAAUAGAUCCCCUCCUGUCACUUUCUCUCCCCUUACUCUGCUUUAUUCUUUCAAUAACUCUUAUAAAUAUAUUGUAUAUGACAUUUAUUGGUUUGAUUGUUAAAUGGGUGUUUCUUCUGCCCCACAAUGUCAACUCCUUAAGACCAGGGGCAGUGUCUGUCUUGUUCACUGAGUAUUUCCAGUUCCUAUGGCAGGGCUGGUAUACAGUAGGUGCUCAGAAAAUGAAUGUUGAAUGAAUGGGUGGAUUGAUGCAUGAAUUUGGCACCCCCUCUGCCCCUGGUCCUGAUGGAAGCUUUGAUGGGCAACCCUAGGCAGCUGGGGAGCCGAGAUGAGGGCAGGGGAGGAGGAAUGAGUUUCAUCGCUGUGGGCUGGGGUGGGAGCAGAGGACCCACCAAGCCAGGGCAGCAGCCCAUGUGGGUUCAGGGACCCCCCGCUUGCCCUGGACUGCAAGGCAUCCAGGAUGGCUUGAGCCCAGGGUGUAAGGAGGGACAGAAGA